GAUGACAGUUUGUUACCCAAAGGAGACCUGGUGAAUCAGUUUAAGCCGGUAGUGCCGUGGCCUCACGUGGAAGGUGUAGAGGUUGACCUCAACUCUAUCAGACUCAAACGCGAUGGAGACAACCACCAGGAACCGGAUCACCAACUUAACCAGAAGGAGGUYAUUCAGCAGCAGUACGUGACAUUCAGACCUCAAGCACAUGCCUACAACAGCCCCUACUUAACUAAAGGUACYCUGGGAAACUUGGAGCCUAAGGAACCUGAACCUGAAGGGGUCCCCGGUGGUCCUGGAGAAGGAGCCAAGCCAUUUGUCCUCGGUUCAGAGUACAAAGACUCUGUCCAAGCUUCCAUCAAAGAGUUUGGCUUCAACAUGGUGGCCAGUGAUAUGAUCUCGUUGGACAGAACCAUCAGUGAUUUACGCCAUGAAGAGUGUAAGUACUGGAACUAUGAUGAUCGGCUGCUGACGUCCAGUGUGAUAAUAGUUUUCCAUAAUGAGGGCUGGUCUACACUCAUGAGGACUGUCCACAGUGUCAUUAAAAGGACUCCCAGACGAUACUUGGCUGAGAUCGUCUUGAUAGAUGACUUCAGCAACAAAGCCCAUCUGAAAGAGCGCUUGGAAGAGUACAUCAAGCAAUGGAACGGUUUGGUAAAACUCUUCAGGAAUGAUAAAAGAGAAGGACUGAUACAAGCAAGGAGUAUUGGAGCCAAGAAGGCCACUAAAGGACAGGUUCUGAUCUACCUGGAUGCUCAUUGUGAGGUUGGAAUCAACUGGUACGCUCCAUUGGUUGCACCCAUUUCAAAAGAUAGGACAGUUUGCACAGUACCACUGAUAGAUUAUAUAGAUGGUAAUGAGUACAGUAUGGAGCCGCAGCAGGGUGGUGAUGAAGAUGGUCUGGCUAGAGGAGCGUGGGACUGGAGCCUGCUCUGGAAGAGAGUACCACUUAGCCAAAGAGAGAAGGCCCAAAGAAAAUAUAUCACCCAGCCUUACCGGUCUCCAGCGAUGGCAGGUGGUCUGUUUGCAAUAGAGAGAGAUUUCUUCUUUGAGCUUGGUCUUUAUGACCCUGGACUACAGAUAUGGGGAGGAGAAAAUUUUGAAAUAUCAUACAAGAUCUGGCAGUGUGGUGGCCAGCUGCUCUUUGUUCCAUGUUCUCGUGUUGGCCACAUCUACAGACUUCAGGGAUGGCAAGGAAACCCUCCACCUGCACAUGUGGGAUCCUCGCCCACUUUGAAGAACUAUGUCCGUGUGGUGGAGGUUUGGUGGGAUGAAUAUAAGGACUACUUCUAUGCCAGUCGUCCUGAAACUCUCACUCUGGCCUACGGAGACAUCAGUGAGCUGAAACGCUUCAGAGAGGAACAUCGCUGUAAGAGUUUUAAAUGGUUCAUGGAGGAGAUAGCAUACGACAUCCCGCUGCACUACCCUCUGCCUCCAAAAAAUGUAGAGUGGGGGGAGAUCCGUGGCUUUGAGACCAGUUACUGUAUUGACAGUAUGGGACACACAAAUGGAGGAAGUGUGGAAAUAGGCCCAUGCCACAGGAUGGGGGGUAACCAGCUGUUCCGUAUCAAUGAGGCCAACCAGUUGAUGCAGUACGACCARUGCCUGACCAGAGGAGACAGCUCAGCUGUCGUCAUCACACACUGUGAGCGGAACCAGCACACUGAGUGGAACUACUUCAAAGAUCUUCAUCGGUUCACUCAYGUGCCAACAGGGAAAUGUCUGGACCGCUCGGACCUGCUUCACAAAGUCUUCAUAUCAGACUGUGACAUCAGUAAAACCACUCAGAAGUGGGAGAUGAACAACAUUGUUGCUGUAUGAAGACUUGUCCUGGUGUUUGUUUUAAAGAACUGGACCUGAUGGAAUGUGUCCACAGCACUCAGCUGCAGCUGAGAGCCGGGCCAGGAUGUCCUGGACUCUACCGGACCUUAAACUGGAGGAGAGCAGCAGAACUGGCUGAUAAAGACUGAAGCAGCUGGACAAACACUGACCUGCAAACAGAGCUCUUCUUUUAUGGUGGUUGUGUUUACUUCCUGUCUUUUUCUCUUUGUUUUUUCUGUGAAUCCCAACAACACUAAGCAUUUUUGAUUCAAGCACUUCUGAAGUGUCACUCCAACGCUGAUCUUUUUAACUAGUUAUUGAAGAGAACUUUAUUUUGAAGGAUUCCAGGCACUCAGUGUUUACACAAACUGGAUGAUGAAGGUUUGGUUUUACUCUGAAAGUCAGUCUUUGUUGCUUUUCAGAYGGAGAUAAUGAUGGAAAUCAACCAAAAAGUUAGAGAUCAAAUGAAGCACAAGGACUCUACAGUUUGAAAUCUGACAUUUUAUUAAAGGAACACCAGACCAGAGUUGUUAUAUCUUAUUGGAGGUGUAUCAGUUUGUAACUAAAAGAUUUUAUUGAUCAGAACCAGUCAUGACAGCGAACUGCUCCGCCUGGUUUUCAGCUUCAUGUCUGCUUGUUUCUGCAAACCAACAUCCACUCCUCAUCAGCUCUGAGGUGCAGAGCUGAAAGUGUGUUUGUCUGAUUUUAGAAAGCUGUUAACCAGUUCCAGACUGGUUAUCCUUCCUGAAUGUUUUCACAGGAAGAGUUUCCUGUGGCGUGCUCAGAGGAACGGUGCUCAGGUGUCUGCCUUCAAAGGGGAACAGGUUCUGUUGUAUUUAUGAGAAUGUUUGCAGCUUUUUGUACAGAAAAAACUGUUUAGCUUUUUUUUUCUAAAAAUGAUCACGGUGUAAUAAAUUAGAAGCCCUUAAUGGUGUAAAUAUCUAACUUAUAGCUGUGAUUUAAAAUGAUGGGCUGGGUGGCGUGUGACCGAUGAAGUAAAACUUUUGAUUCUA